CCCUUGAUGCUUCUUACUGUUUCUUUCUCUGUCUCCGUCUCUCUCCCUGGAACUCAGCUCGAUCUAAGAUUGUUAAUGGCGUCGGAGAUCUCUUUUUUCUAAGUUAUCUUGACCGGUUAAUCUAUAAAUUUUUGUUUUGAGCUAAUUCUUUUAAGCAUCCAUAUUACUUAAGCUGUUGAGAAAUCGAAGUUCUGCUAAUCGAAGCUUCAAUGGCGUAUUCCUUUCCGGAAGAGGUCUUAGAGCAUGUUUUCUCUUUCAUUCAGGACGAUAAGGACAGGAACGCCGUUUCUCUGGUAUGCAAGUCUUGGUAUGAGAUCGAGAGGUGGUGCCGGCGUCGGAUCUUCGUCGGGAACUGCUACGCAGUUAGCCCUAGGAUUGUGAUGAGACGGUUUCCGGAGCUGCGAUCUGUGUCGUUGAAGGGGAAACCACAUUUUGCUGAUUUUAAUCUCGUGCCGGAGGGAUGGGGGGGAUAUGUGUACCCUUGGAUCUCGGCCAUGGCAGAAGCUUAUCCGUGGUUGGAGGAGCUGAGGUUAAAGCGCAUGGUGGUGACCGACGAAGCGUUGGAGCUGAUCUCGCGUUCGUUUAAGAAUUUUAGUGUUUUGGUUCUCUCGUCGUGCGAGGGGUUUACUACUGAUGGACUUGCCGCCAUUGCUGCCAAUUGCAGGAAUCUGAGGGUGCUGGAGUUGUGGGAAUGUGAAGUGGAUGAUCGUAGUGGGAAUUGGCUCAGCCAUUUCCCUGAAUCAUGCACGUCACUGGUCUCUCUUAGUUUCCCAUGUCUUGAUGGGGAGGUUAGCUUCUCCGCCCUGGAGCGCCUGGUGAGUAGGUGCACCAACCUGAGGACCCUCAGGCUCAACAAUUCUGUGCCUCUUGACAAGCUCCCUAACCUCCUUCGCCGAGCUCCUCAGCUUGUUGAUCUGGGCACCGGUGCCUACACUGCAGAACUCCGUCCUGAACUCUAUUCAAAGCUUGGAGAUGCGUUUGCAGGCUGCAAGGGGCUUAAAAGCCUAUCAGGGUUCUGGGAAGCGGUCCCAUCAUAUCUUCCAGCGACCUAUUCUAUCUGUGCUGGGAUUAGAUCUUUGAACCUGAGUUAUGCCACCAUCCAAAGCCCUGAUCUCGUCAAGCUCAUCAGACAGUGUCCAAAUCUGCAACGAUUGUGGGUAUUGGAUUACAUUGAAGACUGUGGACUCAAUGCCCUUGCAACAACUUGCAAGGACCUUCAAGAGCUGAGAGUGUUUCCAUCUGACCCAUUUGGUGUAGAGGCUAAUGUCUCUUUGACAGAACAAGGCCUUGUCUCUGUUUCUGAGGGUUGUCCUAAGCUGCAAUCAGUUCUCUAUUUCUGCCGGCAGAUGUCAAAUGCUGCCUUAUUUACCAUUGCUAGGAACCGCCCCAACUUGACUCGCUUCCGUCUCUGUAUCAUCGAGCCCCGGGCACCAGAUUACCUUACUCUGCAACCACUAGAUGCUGGCUUCGGUGCCAUUGUUGAGAACUGCAAGGACCUCCAGCGCCUUUCACUCUCUGGUCUCCUUACUGACCGUGUAUUUGAGUACAUCGGAACACAUGCAAAGAAGCUUGAGAUGCUCUCAAUAGCCUUUGCUGGGGAUAGCGAUUUGGGCCUCCAUCAUGUCUUGUCAGGGUGCAAUAGCCUCCGAAAGCUGGAGAUCCGGGAUUGCCCGUUUGGUGACCAAGCCCUCCUAGCUAAUGCGUCAAAGCUGGAGACAAUGCGAUCCCUUUGGAUGUCUUCAUGUUCAGUGAGUUUUGAAGCAUGCAAGUUGCUAGGUCAGAAGAUGCCAAGUCUCAACGUUGAGGUCAUUGAUGAGAGGGGAUCCCCAGAGUCGAGGCCUGAAAGUUUACCUAUUGACAAGCUUUAUAUUUACCGGACAAUUGCAGGGCCUAGAUGUGAUAUGCCAAGCUUUGUUUGGAAUAUGGGUGAGAGGUCCGCAUUGAGGUUCUCUUGACUCCAAAUCUUUGGACCGAGCAUGUAUUUGCUGACAGGUUGCAGCUUGGAGGAAUUGUGGUCAAUGGUUUCAAAUUUUUCUUGUGAUGGAGCCAGGGUUUGUUUGGACAACAGAUGAGAUAAAUGCGAAGGCGAUGCUGAGGUUCUCUGAGCUCCAUUCAUGGGUUGAGCAUGUUGGUCCGUCUGAAAGCUUGCAGCUUGGAGGGGUUGCAGGUAUGAGCUCAAUUUUUCUUGUCAUGGAUUUUAUUUUUAAUCUUCUUUAGCUUAAUAUAAUUGCAGUGGCGUGGGCGGGGCAGGGUUGCUAGAGGGUAUACAGAGAGUCGGGAGCUCAAAAGGCCAUUUGUUUUAUUGCUUGGCUGAGCAGAGGAGGAAGAAGAAGAGUAGUAAUAUGUAUUGGUGGGUAACAAGGAGUGAUAUAGUUCUGAUUGUUGUGAAACAUGCUUAGCAUGAACAAGCACUAUGUAUACCUUCUGACUAGCAAAGUGAUGCAUUUAUUCGUAUCUAGGCCGUUGGGAAGAAUGAUCAAUGAUGUUAUUAAAACAUCUAUUUGGCAGCAGAAACUUUUCAGUCUUAGAAAAUAAUGAAGUUGGAUUGCAUAAAACCAUUAUAUUGUUGUUUAUGUUCAA